AUGAGUGACGAAGAGGCGAUUCAGAACAUUCUCAAAAAGAUCGAGCGCGAGAAGGUCUUGAUGAAUGGCGCCAACGCCAUGCUGGCCCAGACCGACAAUGACUCUGUCCGAUCAAGACUCAACUCCCAGCUGCGAGAUACUCGCCGGAACCUUCAAUUCUUCGAAGAAAAGCUGCGGGAACUGCAGAUGCGCCGCAACCAAUCCGCCAUGGAUAGUAUGUCACUGGGCGGACCUGACGAUGGAGCUGAGGGCGACGGCUCGGGUCCUCCUCCGCCGCCGCCAAAGGAUGCCGGUUCGUGGGGAGAACAUGCUCGCGCCGGCAGCGGUGCCUCCUUCGGUUCUACCCAGUACAGCCAAAUCGGUCAGCACGGCGACCUCAUGCCGCCUCGUCAUCCCUAUGCUCCCCCAGGCCCGGCAUCAUCUGUGCCCAAACCUCGACCCAACUACACCAAGCUAGAUCUGAUCAAAUACGACAAUCCGUACCUGGGACCACGAAUCCAGCUCAUGCUUUCUCAGAUCCAGUUCAAGCUCAAGGUUGAAGAACAAUACUUGAAGGGUGUCGAGAAGAUGGUGCAGCUGUAUGGCAUGGAGGGCGACAGAAAGAGCAGAGCAGAUGCUUCGGCUCGUAGGGUUGAGAGCAAGCAAAAGAUUCUCUUGCUGAAGCAGGCCCUCAAACGCUACGAGGAACUUCACGUGGCUGACGUUGUGGGCUCCGAUGACCACGAUGAUGAUUCCAUCAACAUGCCCAACCUGCGAAAGCCCUUGACUGGUCAGCUCUCUAUCCGCGUAGCACUCAUUAAGGAUGUCGACCACGCAUCCACUGGACGCUUCAGCCGCGGGCCGGAGACCUUCGUUGCCAUCAAGGUGGAGGACAACGUUGUCGCCCGGACCCGGAUCUCUCGAAAUGAUAGAUGGGAAGCAGAGUACUUCAACAUUGAUGUCGACAAGGCCAAUGAGAUUGAACUCACUGUCUACGACAAGCCUGGCGAGCACGCCCUACCCAUUGCCAUGCUCUGGGUCAGGAUAUCUGAUAUUGCCGAGGAGAUGCGAAGGAAGAGGAUUGAGGCUGAGAUUAACAGCUCUGGAUGGGCUCCCCGGGGAGCGUAUGCCUCGCAGCCCAUGAGCCCUCAGGGCCAGGCACCGCUCCCGCCUCCCAGUCAGGUUGCACAGCAGCCCAUCGAUGGCUGGUUCAACCUUGAGCCGGCUGGCCAAAUUCGCCUGUCUCUUGGAUUCGUCAAGCAGAAUAAGGAACGCCGUACCGUCGAUCUGGGUCUUGGUCGCAAGGGUGCCAUUAGGCAGCGCAAGGAGGAGGUCCACGAAAUGUACGGCCACAAAUUUGUCCAGCACCAGUUCUACAACAUUAUGCGCUGUGCUCUGUGCGGCGACUUCCUGAAGUAUUCUGCCGGUAUGCAGUGCGAGGACUGCAAGUACACUUGCCACACCAAGUGCUAUACCAGCGUCGUCACCAAAUGUAUCAGCAAGAGCAACGCCGAGACGGAUCCGGACGAGGAGAAGAUCAACCAUCGCAUCCCCCACAGAUUCCAGCCUUAUUCCAACAUGAACGCCAACUGGUGCUGCCACUGUGGCUACAUCUUGCCCUUCGGCAAGAAGAACUGUCGCAAAUGUUCGGAGUGUGGCUCCACAGCCCACGCGCAAUGCGUUCACCUUGUGCCAGACUUUUGCGGCAUGUCUAUGGCUGUGGCUAAUCAGAUUCUUGAGGGCAUCAGAACGACAAAGCAAAUCAAUAAGCAGAAGGCGACUUCGUUGAGCGAACGUACUCUGCGGGGCACAGGACGCACGAGUCCUACUAGUAGUAUGAGCUCGUCCACGCUCGUCAGUGGUGGACAUGCGCCAUCAUACUCUACAGGCUCGGCUGAGGCAACGGAAGCCGCCAAGAUCAUAUACCAACAGCAGACGUCGCAAAGACCGCCCCAGCCUGACCGUACUUCGUCCAGCCAAGCUGCAGCCGCUGCAGCUUCCGCCGCCAUGAGUGGUUCGACAGUCACUACCGGCCGGCAGAGCCAGUCGCAGGACUAUGGCCGCUACAGCAGCGGCUAUCCCACCUCGCCUGAUCAACAACAGGAUGACCCUUACAACCAGUACGGAUCUCAGCAGCGUCCAUACAACCCUGCAGACUACGCCAAGGUCAACUCCUACUCAGGCCAGCCUCAGCAGGCAAGCCGCCCGGUUCAGCAGCAGCAGCAGCAGCAGCAGCAGCAGCAGCAACCCCAGGUACCACCGCAUCAGGUCACUCCCCAGCAGCACCAGCCGCAGCAUCAGCAGCACCAACAACAACAGCAGCAGGCAGCUCCAUACCAACAGCCAGCAGCGCCUAUCAGCAAGCCUUCAGUACCCGAGCCGUCUCCGACGUCGCCCACCUCCGCUGGCCCGCUUACCACAAGCGGUGGGCGCAAGCCGUUGCCAUCGGCCACAGACCCUGGCACGGGACAGCGCAUUGGCCUAGACCACUUCAACUUCCUUGCUGUCCUCGGUAAAGGUAACUUCGGCAAGGUCAUGCUGGCGGAGACCAAGAGGUCGAAGCGUUUGUACGCGAUUAAGGUCCUGAAGAAGGAGUUCAUCAUUGAGAAUGAUGAGGUUGAAAGCAUACGAUCAGAGAAGCGAGUGUUCCUGAUCGCCAACAGGGAACGUCAUCCGUUUUUGACUAACCUUCACGCGUGUUUCCAAACGGAAACCAGAGUAUACUUCGUGAUGGAGUACGUCAGUGGUGGCGACCUAAUGCUACACAUUCAACGCGGCCAAUUCGGCACCAAGCGUGCUCAAUUCUAUGCGGCCGAGGUGUGCCUGGCACUCAAGUACUUUCACGAGAACGGAGUCAUCUACCGUGACUUGAAACUCGACAACAUCUUGUUGACACUCGAUGGUCACAUCAAGAUUGCUGACUACGGUCUUUGCAAAGAGGACAUGUGGUUCGGCUCCAACACGAGCACAUUCUGCGGAACGCCUGAGUUUAUGGCCCCAGAGAUUCUGCUGGACAAAAAGUAUGGUCGCGCAGUUGAUUGGUGGGCUUUCGGCGUCUUGAUCUACCAGAUGCUGCUACAGCAGUCGCCUUUCCGCGGCGAGGACGAGGACGAAAUCUACGACGCCAUUCUUGCGGACGAGCCACUGUACCCGAUCCACAUGCCUAGAGACAGCGUGUCUAUUCUCCAGAAGCUCCUCACCCGCGAGCCCGACCAGCGCCUCGGCAGCGGCCCGACCGAUGCCCAGGAGAUCAUGAACCAGCCUUUCUUCAGGAACAUUAGCUGGGAUGACAUUUACCACAAGCGUGUGCCCCCGCCCUUCCUGCCGAGCAUCAAGAGCGCCACCGACACGAGCAACUUUGAUUCGGAGUUCACGAGCGUCACGCCAGUACUUACCCCCGUUCAGUCUGUUCUGUCGCAAGCAAUGCAGGAGGAGUUCCGCGGAUUCUCCUACACGGCCGACUUUGAAUAA